GAUUACACCGCCUAUUCGAUUCCUUUGAUUCAAGUCGAGGAAAGCAAAGAAAUAUUGGAAAAACAAUUGGAUGAGUUAUCCAAACUCAUGGCAGCCUUUGAUUUAGGUAAAAACCAUGAAAAUUCUGAUGAUGAAAAAUCAGAAAACCAGAACGACCUAGUCUACGGGUUCAGUUCCGACGACGAAUUCGAAGACGAACCAGCAGACAACCCAUUCAAUGUAAAAAUUGUGGAGGGAGAGUCGUCAAGAAAUCCGUUCAAAAGAAAAAGAACGAUUGGACAAGAAAAAGAAUUCUAUCGUCAAAAAUUUGAAAAACAUCAUAUAAAUGGUGGACCAGGUACGUUAGACAUUGACUGUGUUGAUGAUAUUAACACAGCAAUAAGAGAUUGGUACAAUACCAAUUCUAGGGGGGAGAUUGAAGAAACAAUAAAAAACCUGGAAAAACUUCAACAUUCCAGCAAAUCUUGGGCAGACCAAAUUGAAGAAGAAGAAGCUCAAAAGGAAAUUCAAACCUCAGAGCUUAUUCAAAACAAAGUUGCACAGGCCCGAGCCCAACAACAACUACCUUCACAGGUAAAGGAGACGAACUCUCCUCCUUCAGAGGAAACAGUUCAACAUGAGGCUUCAUCCUCAAAACUGUCUUCACAGACAUUGGAGAAGAACCCUCCGCCUAAACAGGAAAAGGUUCAGACUGAGGAUUCACUCUCAAAAGAAGCCUAUGUAAUUUUUGAUGGUCUAAUGAAAGGCGUUUAUAAAAAUUGGAAUAUUGCCAAAUUACACAUCAUCGGCAAGCCAGUAAGACGCCAGAAGUAUCCAACCUACGAGGAUGCUCUGAAAGCCUACAAAAGAGCUUACCAUACAGUCUCGACAGAUCCAGACCUCCAAACGGACAAAUCUUUGGGGUAUAGCAAAAGGAUAGCUACUCAGCAGUUGAUCCAAAGGCAACUAAAGGACGUCUCGACAGAACCCAACGAAGUCGAGUUCCACAGAAACUGGAAAUGGCUAACGGAGUACUCAGAAGAGUUCACUCAGGAAUGCUUCUAUCCGGCAAACUCCAUCACCGGGGUAAAGGCAGUAUUCCUAACAGGAGCCAGUCCGACCUUAAUAAACUCCUUUUUUAAGAGUGGAUUAAUUUCAACAAUCUACUUGCAAGAAAGUGAAAAAAAGAGUUAUGCAGAAUUAGAAGAACUCCCCGGAUGUAUAAGAAAAAUGGCGAACCAAUUCAAUAAGCUGUUUGCCAAAGGAAAAGAAAUAUACCUAAAACUUCAAAGUACAUAUCCCUACUUUGAUGAAGGUAUAAUUAUACGACCCAAGCAUAUUGUUAAGAUGGGUCUAGCAAAUGGAUCGUAUCCAGAGAUCCAGAAAAAGGCAAUUAAAUUUACCUAUAAAAUGUUUGUAGAACAAAUUAAUCAAUUCUACAACUACAGCCGUCAAUGGGGAACCACGAACACUGGUUUCAAAGUCCUUGCAGAAGGAGAAGGAAUAAUGGUCAUUUCAAACACCACUAAGAAGGCCACAGAAUGGAUGGUAAACAAAAUGAUCAAAUUCGAAGAAGACCUGAUCAAUAUCAAAGGAAACUUCGAAGUCAUGCCAGAAGACCUCAAACACUUCGUGUGCGAAAAACUUCAAAAGUACGAAGCACAUAAGUGUUCUCUGUGCCCAGAAGAAUUUCCUCCUCUGAAGGAAGAAGAAAAGUGUGAUGCAUGCAGUGACGUCUCCAAAUCCGACAACAUCAAAAGCACGGACCCCAUUUCAACCACUCAGACCUCAAUAAUGUCAACUUUAGUGGUUGCGUAA